AUGCACGGCCGCUCUUACAGGAGCGAGAGGCCCUCGGCGGCUGCCAGCGCCCGUUUGGGUGCUUCUGGACGUCCUGCUAUUCGACCACCUACCACCAGGCCAUCAUCGCUUCGACACCCAAUUAAUCAUCAUGCCGCCAUUGCCGCAAGAAUCGAUCGAACUGCUGCCCCUUCACCAGCUGAUUCUCUAUCAUCUGUUGCUACCUCAAGUACCAAGCGCAAGGACCGCGAUUUUGAGCUUGAGGCUGGAGAAGAGACUAAUAUCAAUGUUGUUGUGCGAUGUCGAGGACGCAAUGAACGAGAAGUCCGAGAGAACAGUGCCGUCGUUAUUUCCACUGAUUCUGUUAAAGGAAAACUAGUCACAUUGUCCAUGGGUCCCAAUGCCCUGAGCAAUAAGACCUACAAUUUUGACCGUGUUUUCUCCCAAGCUGCUGACCAGAGUAUGAUAUAUGAUGAUGUCGUCAAGCCAAUAUUGGAGGAGAUGCUUGGCGGGUUUAAUUGUACUAUAUUCGCCUAUGGCCAGACUGGCACUGGCAAAACAUACACCAUGUCCGGCGAUAUGAAUGAGACGUUCGGUAUUCUCUCGGAUGCCGCUGGAAUUAUUCCUCGAGUAUUACACUCGCUAUUCAACAAAUUAGACUCAGCAGACACCGAGAGCUUCGUCAAAUGUUCCUUUAUUGAGCUAUACAACGAAGAACUUCGGGACUUGAUCUCUGCGGAGGAAAAUGCGAAGCUAAAGAUAUUUGAUGAUACAUCCCGAAAAGGUCACGCCACCACGAUUGUCCAAGGCAUGGAAGAGUCCCAUAUCCAGAAUGCAGCGGAAGGCAUCAAGCUUCUACAGGAUGGUAGUCUAAAGCGCCAAGUAGCCGCCACAAAGUGCAACGACCUCAGCAGCCGAAGUCACACUGUAUUCACCAUCACAGCUUGUGUCAAACGAACGGGAGAAGAUGGCGAGGAUUACGUCAGUGCUGGAAAGUUGAACCUAGUGGAUCUUGCUGGGAGUGAGAAUAUCCAACGCUCAGGAGCUGAGAAUAAGAGAGCCGCCGAGGCCGGCUUAAUCAACAAGAGCUUGCUUACUCUAGGUCGAGUUAUCAACGCACUAGUUGAUCGUGGUUCGCAUAUUCCCUACCGAGAAUCCAAACUCACCAGGCUCCUGCAAGACUCUCUUGGUGGCCGCACCAAAACCUGCAUUAUAGCCACCAUCUCACCGGCGAAAAGUAAUCUUGAGGAAACUAUAUCAACGCUUGAUUAUGCUUUUAGAGCAAAGAAUAUUAGGAACAAGCCUCAGGUUAAUCAGAUGAUCAACAAAAAGACCCUGCUCAGGGAGUUCACACACGAGAUUGAACGACUCAAAAGCGAGCUCAUUGCUACCCGCCAGCGCAAUGGAGUUUACUUGUCGAACGAAAACUACGAAGAAAUGACGGUUGAAAGUGAAUCCCGUAGAAUUCAAAAUGAAGAACAAGCCGCCAAGAUUGAAACUCUCGAAUCCAAUCUACGGAAUAAGACCCAGGAGCUCUUUUCCUUGACGUCUAGUUUUAUGGGCUUGAGGAAGGAUCACGACGCUACCAAGGCACAGCUAGAUGAGACGCAAGGUGUUCUUGAUCAAACCGAGCUCGUACUCGAAGCUACCCGCAAGAGCCUAGCUGAAGAGACCCUCCUACGUAAGGCGCACCAGAAGACCGAAGAACAGAUGCAGGCCAUUGGCGGUGAGCUCAUCACUACCAUUCAGAAGACUGUCAAAGAUGUAGGGGGCCUGCGAGCCAAGAACAAGAGAAAAUCAGAUCUGCAGUCGCUAAAUCGAUCUAAUUGGAGAGCGGCUCAAGACCAGGUCUCAGAUGUGACCUCGCUCGUGGAAACCCGCAUGGAAGAAUUCCGGAAUGAGCAGCAGCAACACAUUUCAAGUAUAUCCGAAAGAAUGCAUGCGUUCGUGCAAGAAGAGCUGCUAAAGCUCUCCUCCACUCAAUCCUUCCUUGAUCAAAACCUUGAACUCUUCGCCGAAUCUAAGAAGGAAUUAAUGCAACAGAAACAGAACUCGAAAGUUGAGAUGGAUGAGGUACUCGAAGAUAUCAAGUUAGUUCGUGACCAUAUCAAAGAAAGAGUGGGGGAGAGUCUCCAUACCAUUGCGACGGCCGCCGAGACGAUAGCCCAGGACGUUCUAAGUGAAUUAAGCAGCUUUCACGAUCAGUUACAUUUGUCAUACUCCACGCUUGGUCACGACUUCAAAUCAAUGUUUGAAGAGCUAUUAAAUCGCAUUGCCUUACAGAAAGAGGAGUCUCACGGUCUCAGAGAACAGCUUGAGCAAGCGGGCGAAACUUUUAUCCAGUCAAACACUAAUAUUUCAACACAAUUGCAAGAAGUCAUGAACGAGGAACGAAGGCAGGCAGCACAAGAUCGCCAGAAGCUCUUGGCACAAAUUACUGUACUUGUCAAUUCCCACGCUGAAGCCCAAGAGUCGCGCUUGGCCAAUAAGGCAGCGUUGAUUCAACAAAAUGUGCAAGAGAAUGGGGCUGCUCUAGAAGGCAGCAUAGCUCAAUACUCCGAAGGAAUGGAUACUUGGAACGAAGGGGAAUCCAAUCUUCUCCGCGACGUUGCCAAUUCGCGUGAGAAGCUAAAGACUAAGUUGAAGGACGAUUGGACUGCGGCAAACAAAUACAGCACCUCGAUCCAGGACACCACCAAAUCUGUGCAUGCCAAAACAAUACGGGUUGUAGACGAGCAGAUGAGAGAUCUAGAUGAGCAAAUGACAUCUUUGGAUGAUUUUGUCAACCACGCUCGUUCACAAAAUGCCUCACAUCACGACAAACAAUCACUCUCGAUCGAGAAAUUAUCCAAUACUGUAGAAGGGUCAUAUGCGAAUAUUGCUGACCAUUUUAAAACAACUUGUGCCAGGGUCCAAACUGUAGGCUCGGAAAUGGAUAUUGAUGUUGCCAAUGCCCAAGAAUCUCUAGAGCCUCUACCGGAGGAUGUUUGCCAACCCCUCUCUGAACUUCGAGAAGAUAUCAAUGGCGCAACUCUACAAGAAUAUCAACCGACUGGAGAGACACCGCAGAAGAUGGCCUAUCAAUACCCUACCGAGCUUCCGCAUACAGAGGCUCACGAAUCGCUUCUUAGAAAGUUCAACGGGGAGUCAUCGUCCAGCAAAGCUAAGGUCUUUUCCGACUCGGACUUGAACUUGCCAGAGAAUCGGUCGCCAUCAAGGCCCUUCUCCUCAGGUAGCACCUACUCACACUCAGAACAAGACAGAAAUUCGUUGUCAAAGAGUCUACGUGAAGUGCACCCGAAUCUCAGUACGACAGGCGCUCUCAACCUCGAUCCCCGCACCAAUGCCACCAUUCAUGGCUUCAGCGCUAACAGUGGGACAGGACUGGGAGAGGCAGCUGGAAGUACAGAUGGGGAUUUUACGAUGCCGCUACUUAAGAAAAGCAGGACGACACGGUCAUCGAAAGCAAGCAAGAAGUCGACAGGUGCUGAGGGACGAGAGAACAUGCCCCUUCUCUCGUCCAUGGUGCCUGGUGGAGGUCGAGAGGUAUUCGCACAGAGCGUCACUAGGAGGAAGAGCCCGAGGUUGAACUAA